AUGACAGAAACCGUUGUGACCCUUGUCAUCAAUGAGUUGGUUCAGUUGAUCGCUCAUGAAUCAAAAUUGCUAAGGGGUGUCCACCGAGAUGUUAUGGACAUUAGAGAUGAACUUGAGAGCAUCCAGUGUUUCCUCAAAGAUGCAAAUAGAGGAGACCUCCAAGAUGGCGUCAAAACAUGGGUGAAACAAGUAAGAGAAGUAGCCUAUCAUAUAGAAGAUGUAAUUGAUGAAUACAUUCUUCACGUGGCACAACAUCGUCAUCAGCAAAGUUUUAUUGCUUUCCUCCAUGGCCACUUAUUCAAAAAAUUAAAACCACGUCAUGACAUUGCUACAAAGAUUCAAGAUAUCAAAAUAUCAAUCCGUGAAAUCAAGGAAAGAAGUGAAAGAUAUGGUUUUAGUUCCUUAGAGCAAGGAUCAAGUAGUAGUGAAUCUAGUGUUACAUGCCAUGACCCUAGAGUGGGUGCACUUUUCAUUGAGGAAGAUGAAGUUGUGGGCAUUGAAUCUACUAAGGAUGAGCUCGUAAGUUGGUUGGUGGGGGGAGUAUCUAAACGAUCUGUUAUUUCAAUUGUAGGCAUAGGCGGAAUUGGUAAGACAACUCUUGCUAAGAAAGUAUAUGAGAAUGAAUUAGUGAAAGGACAUUUUGACAGCCGUGUUUGGAUCACAGUGUCUCAGUCAUACAACGUCCAGAAGAUACUCAUGUCCAUGACAAAGAAAGUCUACUGUGAAAAUGAAAUGGCUCCAGAGCAAAUAGACAUGACGGAUGAGAUCACAUUAAUCAGCCAGUUGAGGAAAUAUUUACAGCAAAAGAGGUAUGUUGUGGUUUUUGAUGAUGUUUGGAAGUCAGAGUUUUGGGAAAUUGUGAAACAUGCUUUACCAUGCAAUGACAGAGGAAGCAGGAUUAUUAUCACAACACGCAGUGAUUUCAUUGGUGUAUCUUGUAAAGAAUCUUUAUUUGAUCAGGUCCACAAGCUACAACCUCUGUCUCAAGACAAGGCUUGGGAAUUGUUUUGUAGAAAGGCAUUCCAGUCUGAGUUUCAAAGGUGUUGUCCCAAAGAGUUGGUGAAACUGUCGAUGGACAUUGUCAAAAAAUGUGAAGGCUUGCCACUUGCAAUUGUUUCCAUAGGUGGUCUUUUGUCAACAAAGGAAAAGGUGCCAUUAGAAUGGAAAAAGUUGCAUGAUAGCCUCAGUUCUGAGCUAGAAAGUAAUCCACACCUUACAAGUGUAACAAAAAUUCUCUCUCUUAGUUAUCAUGAUCUUCCGUGCCACCUAAAGUCUUGCUACUUAUACUUCGGCAUUUUUCCAGAGGACUACUCAAUAACGGGUGAAAGAUUAUUUUGGCUAUGGGUAGCUGAGGGCUUUAUAAAAGAAAAGAAGGGAAAAUCAUUGGAAGACGUAGCAAAAGAAUACUUAAUGGAGUUCAUCCAUAGAAACUUGGUUCAAGUUUCAUUUGGGGAGCUUGAUUAUGAAUUAUUUAGAAAGUACAGAAUCCAUGAUCUGUUGCAUGAAAUCAUCCUAUCGAAGGCUGGGGAGUUAAACUUCUGUCAAGUUCUCGAAGCAGGUGAGACAACUUUCCCUAUAAAAAGUCGGUGCCUAUCAAUCCACGAUGCUAGAGAAAAUAUUUUUGAAACAAGCACUAUCAAUUAUUGAGGCAAAUCAUCAUGGUGUUGGUUUAUUUGAAGAGCUUAGAAAGUUGAGUCAGUUGAAGAUGUUGGCUAUUUCAAAUAUGACUGCAGAACGUGGGAGUGCUCUAUGUAUCUCCAUUCAAAAUAUGGUCCACCUUAAAAUUUUGUUUGUAGGCUCAAUUAGUGAAGAUGAGAUUAUAGACUUACAAUCAAUUUCAUCUCCACCUCCAUUUUUAGAGCAUCUUUCUCUAAGAGGUCGAUUGGAGAAGUUGCCUAGUUGGAUUCCAAAGCUUCAAAAUUUGAUCACAUUGCUCUUAUUUUUCUCAUCAUUAGAGGAAGAUCCACUACCGUGUGUCCAAGCUUUGCCUAAUCUAAUUACUCUUUCCCUCAAUCAUGUGUAUGAUGGGGAGCAGCUGUAUUUUGAAGAAGGCGGUUUUCGAAAACUGAAGAGGCUUACACUCAGAGAGUUGAAAACAUUAAAGAUGGUGGAAAUAGACAGAGGAUCACUGCCCAGUCUUGAGCAACUAGAGAUUGGACCGUGCCCGCAAAUGAAAGAGGUACCAGCUGGAAUCCAACACUUGAAAAGUCUAAAGAUUCUUGACUUUUAUGAAAUGCAUGGAGAAUUUGUGCUACGUAUGCAGCCAGAUGGAGGUGAAGAUUAUUGGAAAGUUAAGAUGGUAACUACUAUCCGUCUCAGGUAUAGAAUUAAAGGAGAACGAUAUCAAAUAUACCAACUUGGUGACUCGGCCUUGUUGGAGCGUCUACAAAGGUGAGUCUUGGAGGAUCAAACUGCGAUGCAGUUGAGUGAUAAACAAGGUAUGCGCCUCUAGGCCAUAGGAUUUCCAUGACUUUUUUUUUUUUAGUUAUGUUAUAUGUAAUGAUAAAAUUCUUUACAUUAUGUGGCUGUCUAAGACAGCUAAGACAGACUUGCAUU